UUGAGCCGGAACAGCCGGUGAACUUGGGCGCCACGUUCCGGGUGACGGGCCCCUGAGGAUGGUGGAUACGAGCUGCUGACCCUGCCUCCGCCGCUGUUUCUCGGGGCUGCGGAGAUUGGGGCCCCCUGUCUCCUCCCCUUGCCCGGCUGUGGGUGAACCUGCAAGCUCCCUACCCACCCGGAGGACUUUUUUUUGAAAGGAAACGAGGGAGGGAGGGAGAGGGAAAGAGGGAGAAAGCGAAGGGGAGCUCGUCCAUCCAUUGAAGCACAGUUCACUAUGAUCUUACUCACAUUCAGCACUGGAAGACGGUUGGAUUUCGUGCAUCACUCGGGGGUAUUUUUCUUGCAAACCUUGCUUUGGAUUUUAUGUGCUACAGUCUGCGGAUCGGAGCAGUAUUUCAAUGUGGAGGUUUGGUUACAAAAAUACGGCUACCUGCCACCGACUGACCCCAGAAUGUCGGUGCUGCGCUCUGCAGAGACCAUGCAGUCCGCCCUAGCUGCCAUGCAGCAGUUCUAUGGCAUUAACAUGACAGGAAAAGUGGACAGAAACACAAUUGACUGGAUGAAGAAGCCUCGCUGUGGUGUACCUGACCAGACAAGAGGUAGCUCCAAAUUUAAUAUCCGUCGGAAGCGAUAUGCAUUAACAGGACAGAAGUGGCAGCACAGACACAUCACCUACAGUAUAAAGAACGUAACUCCAAAAGUAGGUGACCCUGAGACCCGUAAAGCUAUUCGCCGUGCCUUUGAUGUGUGGCAGAAUGUAACUCCUCUGACAUUUGAAGAAGUUCCCUACAGUGAAUUAGAAAAUGGCAAACGUGAUGUGGAUAUAACCAUCAUUUUUGCAUCUGGUUUUCAUGGAGACAGUUCUCCCUUUGAUGGAGAGGGAGGAUUUUUGGCACAUGCCUAUUUUCCUGGACCAGGAAUUGGGGGAGAUACUCAUUUUGAUUCAGAUGAGCCAUGGACUCUAGGAAAUCCGAAUCAUGAUGGAAAUGACUUAUUUCUUGUAGCAGUUCAUGAACUGGGACAUGCUCUGGGAUUGGAGCAUUCCAAUGACCCCACAGCCAUCAUGGCUCCAUUUUACCAGUACAUGGAAACUGACAACUUCAAACUACCUAAUGAUGAUUUGCAGGGCAUUCAGAAGAUAUACGGUCCACCUGACAAGAUUCCUCCACCUACAAGACCUCUACCAACAGUGCCCCCGCACCGCUCUAUUCCCCCGGCUGACCCGAGGAAGAACGACCGGCCAAAACCUCCGAGGCCUCCUACCGGCAGACCUUCCUAUCCUGGAGCCAAACCCAACAUCUGUGAUGGGAACUUUAACACUCUAGCUAUUCUUCGCCGUGAGAUGUUUGUUUUCAAGGACCAGUGGUUCUGGCGAGUGAGAAACAACAGGGUGAUGGAUGGAUACCCCAUGCAAAUUACUUACUUCUGGAGGGGGCUGCCUCCUAGUAUUGACGCAGUUUAUGAAAACAGUGACGGGAAUUUUGUUUUCUUUAAAGGUAACAAAUACUGGGUGUUCAAGGAUACUACCCUUCAACCUGGUUACCCUCAUGACUUGAUUACUCUUGGAAGUGGAAUUCCCCCUCACGGUAUUGAUUCAGCCAUUUGGUGGGAGGAUGUUGGCAAAACCUAUUUCUUCAAGGGAGACAGAUAUUGGAGAUACAGUGAAGAAAUGAAAACCAUGGAUCCCGGCUAUCCCAAGCCAAUCACAGUCUGGAAAGGCAUUCCUGAAUCUCCUCAGGGAGCCUUUGUCCACAAAGAAAAUGGCUUUACAUAUUUCUACAAAGGAAAGGAGUAUUGGAAAUUCAACAACCAAAUACUCAAGGUAGAACCUGGAUAUCCCAGAUCCAUCCUUAAGGAUUUUAUGGGCUGUGAUGGGCCAACAGACAGAGAUAAAGAAGGACACAGCCCACCAGAUGAUGUAGACAUUGUCAUCAAACUGGACAACACAGCCAGCACUGUGAAAGCCAUAGCUAUUGUCAUUCCCUGCAUCUUGGCCUUAUGCCUCCUUGUAUUGGUUUACACUGUGUUCCAGUUCAAGAGGAAAGGAACACCCCGCCACAUACUGUACUGCAAACGCUCUAUGCAAGAGUGGGUGUGAUGUAGGGUUUUUUGUUUUUUGUUUUCCUUUCUUUUCCAGGAGUUUGUGGUAACUUGAGAUUCAAGACAAGAGCUGUUAUGCUGUUUCCUAGCUAGGAGCAGGCUUGUGGCAGCCUGAUUCGGGGCUAACCUUUCAAACCCAGAGGGUCGCUGGUCCUGCACAUGAGUAGAAAUACACUCAUGGGAAAGCUUCCAUGAUGCACAGUAUCUGCCGUUCUUCAGUCCUUUGUCUUUCUUUGUCAUUCAGUUCUAGGCCUUUCCUCUGCACGCUCGAUGCCCAGUAAAUUUUCAGGAUUAACUAAAGAAGAGGAAAAAAAGAAGAAACGAUUCUUCUUAAGGUUUCUAAUAUGAUUUUCCUUCUGAAGUCUGAGUCCAUUUCUGGGGAGGGGGGAAGCAAAAGAGAGAAAACCCACUUUUUUUUGUUUUUUUUUUUUUUUUGCUUAAAAGCAAUGGGGAAAAAAGAUUUAAAACAAAAAACCCACCAUUGAACUUUCAGGAAAGUGUGAAGACCCAAAACAGCUUUGUCUCCAAAGAAGAUAGCUCUCUGACUGCUACGGAUAGUCUCCUACGCACCAUUUGUGUCAGGUGGGAGAUCUGGAAUACACAUGCAGGACUUUAGACUGUUGGGACAGCCAUUUUCCAACAAACAAGGGGCCAAAAUAUCUGCAAUAUAGUAACAGCCUUAAUAACACAUCCAUUUUUCGUUUUCUACAGCUGUUCUCAGCUAUGUCCUCAAUGUUUCAUCGCAUUUAUAUUCAUAGCUAUAUUCAAACAGGACCUUUUAAUUGUUUUCAAGUGUUUCUAAACCCCUUCCAGCCACCGUCCCCUACAUCAUUGUAAUAAUCUCCCCAGACUGUAUUAGGCCAGUGCCCCAGGCCUUUCAUGAGUCUGUCAGGAAUAUUCAUUACAAAACGGAGCGAGAAGCAGUUUGUCUCUGAAGUGGAUUACAGUGACAGUUAUUUUACAAGGAUAUGUGAUACUAGUGAUACAUUGGAGUAACCCUUUGAGAACUAUCAGGUCAGCUUUCAGAGUCUUGGGGAUGUCAGUCUUGGUAUCUGGUAAAUUAUAGAGCUGGACGAUGGUAAAAACAGGGCACAGGCUCAAGGAGUUCAGGUUUUUCAAACAGAUGUCCUGUAAUACCAUGUAAUUUUUUAAGUGAUUUACAGUACUACAUAAAUGCAUUUAUAACACACAGAAAUGAUGUUACUUGCCAAACGUUUUCUGGCAAAUAAAAAGGUAUUUUAUUAAGUAUCUCGUAAGAGUGAAAUUUUAUUUAAACAACUGGUUAUAAUAGCCUUUUUUUUUUCCUUAGACAUAUUGAAUUUCUUGUUUUAAAAUCCAUUGCAUGUAAAUUCAUUUUGCCUUGGUACAUGCAGUUAGCAUUGCCGUUUUAAAAAUGAACAAAAACGACGACUCUGAGGUUGCAUGAGUACCCUUCAGUGCAUUACCUUUGCAUGUCAACCAUAGUUCUCAAAGGGUUAGUGUGGCUUCUGGCAUUUAGCCCUUCAUUUGAUCACUGACAGAGCCAAGAGACCACCAAAGCAUUUCAUUAUUGAGUGUAAUUUGUCCUAACAGCAGUAUUGUCAUUUUCAUGUGACCUGCAGAGCAGGUUUGUAUCAAUAUUUUUUUCCUAGAGAAAAGUCAGCAACUGACAGACCUCUUUAUUGAUUUUUAGGAGCUGCUUCUUGCAGUGAAAGGCUUUACAGCCACUGGGCUGUGAACUUAUUAGAGAUGGUCAGAACGAAUGCACCCCAUGAGUCAGACAUUGGCUUUGUGUGAAAGCCAGCUUUUGAGGGGAUUAACUUUUGAAACAAUGAAUAGCUUGCCUUGAACUUGACUAUUGAUCUGUUGACUGUCAUUAACAACAACUUAAACAUUGUCUUCUGUGAAAAAUUUCCUUGAAGAGUCCUGUUCUAUGUCUUUGCCCUUUGACCUUUAACUUGCAAACUGGCACAAACUGAAGGAAAUCUGGUGUUGCUUCUCCAUUUGGAUUGUUUAAUUUGUUCUCUAAAAACCUAGUAAGCAUGAGCUGUUUCCAUGGGGGGGGGGGAAGAGUAUUGAUGAUAGAUUUACAGAUGGACACUUUGCUCUUUACAUGCACACUCUAAAAAUCCCUAUAGUUAGAAGUGGCUUUUCCUUUAAUAUAAGUUCAAGUCCAAUUUUAUCCUUUUAGUACAAAUUACAAAAUCUAUAGAAAAAAAAAAACCUCAAAUACUUGAAUGGCCAGUGUGGCUUUUAUAUAAAGCAGGAAUUUUAUACUAGUGAAAAUUUCUUACUCAUUUGCUAAUAAUACACAUUUCCAGAUGAUUUUUAAUGAGUGUAGGUAUACAUUCUUAUUUGGAAAUGGAUAGUUUGGCUGCCUUGAAUUUAUAUUUAUACUCAACAUAGCAUGAAAAUUAGGAUGCCUUUUGGUUAAACUACAUGUUUAUGAUUUGGUUGGGGAAAAUAUUUUGUAAUCAUGGGUAGUAUGCUGCAGAGCCUGGCAGAUUGUUAUUUCUUACAACCCGAGCAUAUACAAUAUAAAGCUAAGAAAAAAAAGAACAGUUAGAUAAGAGAUAGGCUUUACAGCAAAACAUUAUGCAACGCAGACUGUGUUUUGACAAGACAUCAGAGAUUAUGUACAUGUGGGCCGAGAAAGCAAACAGAGAGGACCAGAAUCAGCCCUGUGACUUUACUUCAGUGCUUCCAUUCUAGAUGAUGCUGAUAUCAUAAAGAGUUACUCACGGCUCCUGAGCAUGGGGGACUAUACACAUAAACUCAUUUACAAAGCAUUUGCUUGUGAAAGGGGUUAAUGCUUUAGGACAUGAUGUCAGGAAAAAAAUGACUGCAAUUAUAUUUUGCUAAAGAUAGGAAUGAAGAUUGGUGUCAUUUGGAUCAUGUGCAGAUCAUUGAGGAACUCCAUCAACUUGCUUUCAAAAAUCGGUCUUUUUUCUCUAAAAUGAAAAAGAAACUGAAUAAGCAAUCGAUUGCUUCUUGACUCAUUUGUCACAAUAUCUGGAUUCAUCUUAAGGCUAUAAGUAUAUAAGGGCUAGAAAAUAAUCUUAGCAUUAAGAAGGGAAGGAGAGUACCAUUAUGCUUGAAUUCCAGCAGAUGUCAUGGAUAAGGUUGGGUCAUAGUUACUUGAAUAUCAGAUGAAAUUUCUGUAAGGUGCAUAUGGCUAUUCUGUUGGUGAACAUUUAAAUAGUUAUUAGACUAAGACUACAAGAGAUAAGAAAUUGGUAAGUGCAACAUAAUCACAAACACUGGGAUUCCAUUUGCUUAUUGCACACCAGGCACUUUGUGAGUAUGUUUGCUGACUCCUCUGCCUCUUGAAGUUCGGGGGAAAAAAGCCCUCAAUUUUAAUGGAAUAGUGAAACAGUGACUAAUUGCUCUAGCACGUAUGAAUACUGAUUCAAAAACAAUGCACAAUACAUUUCUAUGGGUCAACAACACAAUGUACCAGUUCAGUAUUGGUAGAAACACACAACCUAUCUUUUUUUGUUUGUUUUUUAUCCUAUCACUAAUAACAUGAAAGGAGCCCUGGUUGUACAGUGAUUAAGCACUUGGCUGUUAAGCAAAAGGUUGGGUUUCCCAAAUUAAAAUAAAACCCCUUCACGAUCACACACACACACAAAAAAUACAGAUAUAUUUCUCUUGCUGUUUCAUUAUUUCUCAUUACAUGGCUAUGUUCUUUACCUAAAUUUUCUACAUAGUUUAUAAUUUUAGUCAAAUACUAUUCUAUAUAUUAUUAGCAGGCCUAAAUGAAGUAUUAAAACAGUUGAUGAGCCUACAUUCUCUGUAAAGCAGUAACUCUGCAUCAGACCUGUACAGGAGGUUGUCCAUAAUCCACCUAAAAAUGAUAAUGAAUUUCACUGUUGACCCGUUAAGAACCAAGCAUUGGCUAAGAAUGCAGUCACAGCAUACCAGUACAGAGGCUCUUUACAAUUGCAAAGGUAACGUAGCUAAAUUAGAUACUAGCAAAGACAAUUUCUGCUAUAAAUCAGAGGGCAAGGCUUUUCUAAAUCAGAUGUAAUAAAUUACUAAGUAAUGAUUACUAAAAAAUAAUUACUAAUAAAGGAUACAGGUUAGUUUAAUGAAAUAUGCAAAUAUUUUAAUGGUCAGAUUGCCUAUAAUCUUUGUUAUUAACACAUAAUUUGAAUUUGGUGGUUUAUUACUUUGGUGAUUAUAUACUUAAUAUUAUUCCUUCUCUGUCAAUGAUUAAAAAAUAUAGUGUGAUGGGUAAGAACUUUGUCAAAACUUCACUGGUAGUUCCAGUACCUGGAUGGUAAUCUAUAUAGUGGAUCCUAGGGGUAAUAAUAUAAUACUGGUAAGUUCUGCAUAUCAUUAUGCCGGUAUCUCUAACACGGUAGAGAUGUACCCCCACUUUGUGGGUGUUACAGCAGAAUAACCAUUGUGUCCACAUUGACUAAACUCAGUGUGCUAUCUGAAGAGGAAUGGAUGUUAUAAUCAAAUAGAUUGAGUUAACGCAAGAGUCAUUAAAAUAUAUAUAUAUUUGUUUUUAGGCUUCAGAUUUAUUUCCAGAAAUUAAUAAAGACAGUGCUUUACUGAUAGUACUGAGUCUGUGAGGUUGAAGAAUGUACUGAAAUGACCUUGUGGAUGGUGGUUAGCUAAACUUUUUCAGCAAAUACAGCAAAGAGUUCAGUUAGUUUCAUGCUCUCAGGGGCAUAUUCCAAACUAUCACAGAUGUCAAACAGAACAUGCUGUCUACACUGAAGAUGUUCAGUUCAGAUGAGCUAUUACAAAUAGCUAUAAAUGCAAUCACAGUCCUUUUGUCAUCCCACAAAAGAUAGCAAGACACUCACAUUAGAGGAGCUAACUAUACUAUUGCAUUUUAUGCAUCUUCAUGAUACAGAUUUACUAUGACCAUAAGAAAUAACUGGCAGGCAUAUGUGUCUGUUUAAAAAAUUAGAACUUUGUAAAGAAAGCAGUGACCAGGGGUAAUACCACACCAUAAAUUUAAACACUAAAUAUUAUACUUGUUAAACAUAAUGGAAAUGGAGAAAAAGGAAAAAUGAAUAUUUUAUAAAAAUAAUAAAGACGUGCUGUAACACUCCUUAAUAAUACAAUUGGAAAUUUUACCUUAGCAAGUUUAAAAAUAGUACAGAAAAAUGUAACUUCAUGUUAUGUGAUCUAUCAAUGUAUGUAAUUAGCCAGUGGUCAUUAGAUGUUACCCUGCUUAAACACAUCCAGCACUCAUGCAUUGCCUUAUAGGCUAAAACUGUCAGAGUUAAGUGUUUGGUAACCUCAACUGGAAAGAUAUAUAAUAUUAGAAUCCCCUGAGAAAAGCCAUUUCCCUAGGAUAGAUGUGUACCUCAAUGAUAACAAAAAACAGUUGGCAUAGUAGCAAAGAAGUUGCCUUAGUGUUUUGGCCUCAUUAGAUUAUAACCUUUGUCUUACAGUGUACUACUUAAAUAAUUUUCAUUUGUUUCCAUUGGUGUAAUGUUGAAAUGUUUCUGAGAUUUUUCAAGUCAGAUUAAUAACAUUCAAUUACAAAUAUCACUUUCAAUGUUUUAUAUAUAUGUCUACUUUGAAAUUUAAACCAAUAGUAUAUAAAGCCUAAGAAUGAAUAUUGAUUUGAUAUAGUCACAGAAAUUGGGUAACAGAUGUGAUACUGUAAAAUUCCUGUCAGGUUUCUGAUAGAAUAUUGAAGUAAGAGCCUUCAAUUUUUAAGCACACUUGUGAGCAUACAACUGGGCGUGACGUGCGGCAUUUCUUAGAACAAUGCGAAUUCUUUAUAUUAAGUAAGGUUGUAAGAUCGCUAGAAGCCUAGUUAGUGCUAUAACGGUGAUUUCACAGGCACCAUAACUAAACGAAAAUGAGGGCAAAACCGGUAACUCAUGGUCACUGAGUAAUAAAUAUAAAAGCUUACAUAUGAGAGAUACUUAUUUAUGAAGACUUCUGAAGGUGCUAUACCUUUUCAAUUUAAAGAGCGAUGCAUCCUAGAGUUUAUCUUACAUUAGCAUUGGACUGGGAAUAAUCAAGUUUGCACUCAAUGUUCUCAUGUUAAAAGGUGCAUGGGACGCUACAGGACAGAUACAUCAUAAACUAGAAUGUUGUGCUGAUUCACGUAACUUUGCCUGGUGCUCUGCUAUAGAGCUGGGUUUAUAUGCCCUUAAGAAGGGAGAAGGAAAUCAAUUCAAUAUGAAUAUGAAAAUAUAAUACUUGUAUCAUGUUAGGCCACAAACUCUUAUUUCACGUAGAAAAUCCAGAAGGAGAGAAUGGUCAACAAGAAUGAAGUGAUUAACUUUUUGACUUAGGAAGAUGUUUCUUGAGUCUUUUAUCCAGUUCUUUGUAUCUAUGAAAACAUAUUGCUCACAAUACCGACAUUUCUGUAGCACUUGGUUUGUAGGUAGAUUGGAUCCCAGGCGUAAUACUUUUUGACACAGACCUUUUUAUACAUGUCUCAUAUAGGAUGAAGCAUUGGUGAGAUAUGACUGCAUGGUAGGAUGCCUUUUCCUAGGAUAGGAUGUGGCGCUGCUUGUACUUGCCACCCUUUAUAUGAAUGUAUGUUGCUAUGUUGGCCUGUCUUGCCAAUAUGGAUGACUAAAGCCUGGUGUGAGCUGUCUAUUUGAAAAGUCACUAGCAUGCAUGUUUCGUAUGCUGUUCUGUAAUGCCAGUUUGAACUUGUUCCCUCUCUAUAUAUUGACACUCCAACUGUUAAGGUAUGAUGUACUUCUUUUGAAUAAAUAAUUUUGGUGGUAGCGCAAGGGUUAUCCUUAAAUCAAUAUCAUAUUUCUGUUACCACUGAAAUACUAUCACAGAGGCCACAUUUUUGACUUUGCCUGUCUUCUCACAGCUCUUUAGUAUAUACUAUUUUUUUUUUUAUUGCCUCAGUAAAGUUAGGUUUUUAGUUCUUUCUGUCAUUGACUUCUUUUAUAUCUUAUAUGGACUCUAUUAUUUCUUUAAAUGUUCAUAAAUACAAAAUAUCACAAAUCUUACUUUGUCGCUUCCAAACAAACACAAUUUCCAAACAAUGGUGAUUGUGUGCCUGGUUUUUCUGAAAUUAUUAUUUGUUUGCCUUGUGUUUGUCGCCUGAAAAUGCAGAUGGCUGGGAGGGACGCAUCAUUUUGUGUUGUCUUCUACAGUCUGUGCCUAUAUUUGCAUUCCUUUCAAUUUCCACCUUGUCCCUUUUUUUACAGAUUUUACUUUACCGCCCCUUCGUGAAAACCCAAAUUCAGCAGCUUUGUGCGUCAGAGGUGCCUGGGAAACAUGUCUUUGUUCGUCAGUAUUUUCUUCCACACAUUUCAUGCAAAGACUUGGUUCCUGUAAAUUUCACACACCUCUCAAUCUCUUUCCUUGGGUUCUAACUUUUAUAGAGCUCGUCCCCUGAAAAAGUGAAAUGCUGAGUAUGAUAGCUGGUGUCUGUUGAUAAGACGGCUAAGGAAGCUUGCUUUUGGGGAAUGUAUCCUAAAUAAUUAUACAGGAAAGUAAAUACCAAAAUACAGUGUUCUGGUUAAGGUACAUCAUGGGUACAUGAAUGCUGAAAAGCUUGAUUCUUCGGUCUAUUUUCCUUUAUGUGUAAAUUACAUAUAUAUUAGAAAGGGAGAGAAUAAAAGAAUAGGGGUAUUACAGUGGCAGCUUUCUGCUGCAUUGGUUUUGACUGCGUCAGCAUUCCUAUUGUGAACCUCUAUUUUCAGGGGUUUUAGAAACUUGGCCAUAAAAAUUUGCUUCAGGCUUAAAAGUCUUGAAAGUUUUUUUUUUUUUAGGUAUCGAAUUAUAAACAAAUAUAUCUUGUUUUUAUAUUAUAGGAGGGAAAUAAAUGGAGUUUACUAGUUCAAUUUUACACUAAUAUAACUUUUAAUAAACUUAAUUUUUUUAAUGAAAACAGAAAAUCUAACUAGUCCAUAGUCUGUUGAUGGUUUUUUUAGAAGAACCAGUUAUUGGCAUUGAGAAAUUUGCCUGCUUCAUCAAGUGUAGUAACUUCAAUAUGUUUUAAAACUUAUAAACCUGUAUUAAAAUUAUCUUGAUUCCAAUAAUGGAUCAGUAUGAUAAUGAAUAGAGAUUUCUGCCGUCCAUAUAAGCUAUCUGGUAAUAUAGAUUUGGAAAUAUAUAGUAUAUAUGGAUAUAUAUAUAUUUACUAGAUAGAUUAAGGGGGAAAACCCCCAUAAAUUUAGUUUGUCAAAUAAAUACCAUAUAUUUAAUUUUAAAAAUUGCACAGACAUUUAUCUUUCCAAGUCAGAAAGAGAUGCAAGCAAUUACAAAGGAAAGUUGUCUCUUGGGUAAACAGUACACCUUUUAUAACUUUUUAUGAAAAUCAUUUUUCCUUUCUGUAUUGUGGUUAUGGGAAAUUGAAAGAAUAAAAUUAAAGCAGACUUUAUUUAAAUAACAAACUGUGAAGCAGAGAGAAACACCAGGAAAUUAAAUAUUUAGGCCAUUAACUUUUGCUUGUCUGAUAAUACUUUACCUUUAUUUUAAUUCCCCAUGAUGUUUUCAUGUUAUGGAGAGAGUAUUAAAAUCUAAGUUUCUGGAUAGUUCACAUUACACUCAAUGCUAUUUCAUUAAAUGUUGAUAAUAUGUAGUCUUCCAUGUGCAAGGAAAGAAAGAAAUAACACAUUUAUUUGCUGAAUGAGUUUUGAGGUUUGCAAGUUAGUGGGGUUUUUUUGCUCACAUAAGAUUCUAUACAUUUAUACCAUCUUAAAUCUGGCUUUUUUUUUCCAGAUAGCUUCUACUGACAAACACAAAGCUUGUUUGUGUGCAAAUAUAAGGCUAAAUAAAUGGUGCUAAAGUGUAUUAUGACUGUCAGAUAUAAUCAGGCAAAAUUUUGUGGUGCUUAAAUUAAUUUUUUCAUUGAUUUUAUUGAUCAAUGCAUUGAACAGUGUUUAUUAUUCACAAGUUGUCUUUUAUUAGUAAAUCAAGGCCUCAUAGCACAUUGUUAAAUAAAAUGGUUGACUAUGUAACAGCUCACCAAGCUACUAUCUCUUUAACUCCUUAUAAUGUUGCGUCAUUAAAGGUCAAGGGGUCAUGCUAUUAAUCUCAUUGCUGUAGACCAUUAACAUGACUGAACUUUUCCACAAAGUACUUAUGUUUACAAUGCUAUAACCCUUUGACUGCUGCGGCAACCUUUAACCACACAAAUGUCACAAGCUAGAAUCAUCAGCAUGGUUCUUGCCAUGGCAAUCAAAGAGUUAAGGGCUGUGCAGUGAUUUGUAUUUAUUAAUUUAUAUUUAUUUUGUUUCCAUUCGAGGAGGGGAUUCGGGGUGGGGCAGUUUUUGUCUGCUGUAAGUGUCUUAAACUAGGGAAGGGUUAAAUGGCUUUUUAUACUAUUGCAUCUUCUGUAUUUACCAUCAACUCAUUGUGUUGUAAUUAAAAAACAAAACAAAACAAAAAAAACUGUCAAUAAAUAAGAGAACAGAAAAAUGGUUCAUAGACAUUGUGGUUUUACUCACUGAAUGAUUUACGUACGUUUAUGACCAAUGUGUAGGAUAUGAUCUAUAGCAGUAGCCCUACUGUCUACGUCUUUCUAAUCAAUAUGAAACAGAAAAUGAAAACUCUUAAGUAGUAUAGGCCAAAAUCCUCUAUGUGUUUGCCUGAAUAUAGCAAAUAUAUUAGA